GCAAGUGCGAAUAGUAUUGUUCUGGCAUCGCUUGAGGUCGAAGCAUGCACGGUCACGUCGACGACAACAGCUUAGAGACGCCGCUCGUGGACGAAUCCGCCCCUGCAAUAGCAGGACGUAUACCGAAUGAAUCAUUGACCAUGAAGUCAGGCCAUGCACCAUGUGCGGUUGCUGCGCCUUCGGCUGGGCCGAAUCCCUAUGCUGUGCCCCAGUACGACCCUUCCGAUAGCUUUUCCGGCCACGAGGCUGGCUGGCCUCGACCAAGCAUGGCGAGAUCGAACUUGUCUCCGUUGGGUUCGCGGCUCGACGUGUGGGUCAGCGGCAUCUACACGGUUGUGGCAGGUCUCACGAUGAUUCAAGGGUUUGGAAUCCUGUUGCACUUGAAUCUCACAUCGGUGAUCUUGGGGAUGUACCUCAUGGCGUUUAGCGCGGGAUUGGUCCUGUACGACUUAAAGAGCGUCGUGUGUGGAGUGACGUUGGAGACUUGGUUUCCAUUUCUCGGCAACUACCUCGGUCGCGGGUUCACGUUGCUGUUUCUGUUUGCGUUGAAUGCACAGAACUUUCAGUUUUUUCAGCUGCCGAUGUGGGUCACUGUCGUCGAAGGCAUUGGGGCAGCCCUGCAUUUUGCCAUCUUCAUGACGACGCAGCCUCAAUAAAGUCGCGUAAAAAUUGUGUGAUUUAUCGACA